AUGGAAUGGAAAAUAUUCGAGCUGGACUACGAGGAGAAGUCAAUGGCCAAGAGGUUGACAGUGAUGAUGAUGACGAUGAGGAUUAAUGUGAUGAUGACAUGGGACCUGAAGAGCAACGCAAUUUCAAAUAAGCAUUACGUGCCUCCAAACAAUCAACAUGGGAAAGAGAACAUCUCCACAAACUUCCUAAUAGAGCACAAGUUUCCGGGACAAGUGGUGGCCAGUGUUGGAGUACAACCUCCUACUCCCUAUGAGGUAAGAAACAAAUAUUUGGAAAUUGAGUAUAAAGACAUUAGCGAGUAUGUCAACAAGUUGAGGUCAAAGUGGGAAACUAAUGGUUGCACAAUCAUGUGUGACGGAUGGACUGGCCCGACCAGAUUGUCUAUCAUAAACUUCAUGGUAUACUCCAAGGGAAAGACAAUUUUUUUGAAGUCUGUUGAUGCUUCAGACCAUAUAAAGAACUACAAGUAUAUUUACAAACUAUUGAGGGAUGUGAUCAUGGAGGUGGGAGAGCAUAAUGUUGUCCAAGUCGUGACCGACAACGGUUCUGCAUUUGUCAAAGCCGGAAAAAAGUUAAUGAAGCAUCAUAAUGUAUUUUGGACAUCAUGUGCAGCACAUUGUAUUGAUCUAAUGUUUGAGGCAAUGGGAGAAAUUACUCGUCCAGCUACCACUCAAUUCACCACAAAUUAUAUUGCAUUAGAUAGCCUACUUAAGAAGAAAUCAGGGUUGAAGCAACUAUUCACUAGCGAAGAUUGGGCCAACCACAAUUUCAGCCGCUCAAAUGCAGGUCAUAUGGUGGAAAGUAUAGUGUAUCCUACUAUGGGGGCAAUAUAUGAGUUAAUGCGUGUAGUGAAGGAGGAAUUGGAAAGAAAACAUGGUGCAAGAUCCGGUGUUGGAGACGAUGGUAUCCUUAUACGUGUUGUACACAAAGUAUGCUCUAAAUUAGACCUUGCAUCACCAGCAGUUAGCCAAUUUGGAAAUGAGCUAACAUGGUUUAUAGAUGCAAGAAGAACUUUUGGAGAACCAACAUCAGAUGUGGCUCGAACAAAAAUGUCUCCUACUAAAUGGUGGAUCAUGUAUGGGACUGAUGCAUUAACUGUGAGAAAGUUAGCAAUCAAAGUAUUAUCACAAACAGCUUCCUCAUCUGCUUGUGAAAGAAAUUGGAGUACAUUUGCACUCAUUCACACAAAGCAAAGAAAUAAGUUGGCUCAUAGUGGGUUGGAAAAAGUAGUUUAUUGUUACUACAACAUGAAGCUUCAAAUUCGAGAUAAGGAAGCAGAAAUAUAUCAUGUCGACCGUGGCGACCCACUAGAUGUGUUUGAUAUUGCUGCUGAAGAUGAUAAUACAGAGGGUAACCAACUUUAUCAAUGGAUAAGACCUCUUCAUUUAGAUGAUGAUGAAGGCAACCCAGCUCUAAGAGUUGCUGAAGAAGCACAUAAUGAAGGGAUAAAUGUAGAAAGAGUAUUAGAGGAGGAGGUGGGAUCUAGCAGUGCUGACUCUUUGGAAGAACUUUUGCGCCUAAGAUCAAGAAAUAGAGAAAUUCCUCCUUCUUCCAAUCCUACACAACCACAAGAUCCUGCUGAUACUAAUGAUAGCUCUAGUACAAGAUCAGGAGACUUGCCUACCACUGAAGGUGCGAAUGAUGAAGGAUAUAGUGGAGUUGGAGGUAGUGGUGGAUACGGAAACUAUGUUGGACCGCUUCUUGGAUUUAUGAGCCCAUUCACUGGUGAGGCAAACUUCAUGCAUGCAACACAAGAUGAGGACCAUGGGAGUAGGCGGGCAGGUCCAAGAGUUGGUGCCAUAGGGAAGGACUAUACUCGUAGAGAAAGAGGCAAGGCAAUUUUGUCAAGUCAAGAAGAUGAUUCGUUAUCUAUAACUUUAGACUCUGUUGGAGUGGGAAGUAGUAACUAUGAUUAUACUCAUAACCAACCAUUUCCCUACCCUUCCUAUCCCAUUCCUUUUGGGAAUGAAUCGAGCAACUCAUGGAAAGAAUAUGAGACUCAAUCUUCAAAUGAUUUUGCUCAUGGACAACGUCAACCAAUCUCAAAUCCAUAUGGGUGA